CACCCACAGAUUUCUCUAAUUCUCUCUCUACAUAUAAAAUAUAUUAAUUAAUUAUUAAUUUCCUAUUGAUUGAUUAAAGUAUCAACGGACAAAUACAACUUCGCUGUUUUCUUGUUAGAGGCGGUCCAGGAGGAGGGGGUUUUACAAUUGCGCUGACGAUGACCGGCCUGCAGUUAACUGCCGUUGCCGGAAAAGGCUCGGGAGCAUCGGCGGAGGAUGCCGGAGAAGAGGAUAGGUUGUUGGGUGCGUACGACGAAGAAUAUUCUGCCGAUUUGCGGAGAAUUAAUGUCAGCGUGACCGGGAUGACGUGUGCGGCGUGCUCCAAUUCCGUAGAAUCGGCUCUCAUGAGCCUAAGCGGCGUUGUCAAAGCCUCCGUCGCUUUGCUUCAGAACAAGGCUGACGUCACCUUUGAUCCCGCCUUAGUAAAGGAUGAAGAUAUUAAAAAUGCAAUAGAAGAUGCUGGAUUCGACGCAGAAAUUCUACCUGAACCAAGUACAUCUCAUUCUAAACCAGGUGGGACCGUAAUAGGUCAGUUCACAAUUGGAGGAAUGACAUGUGCUGCUUGUGUAAAUUCCGUAGAAGGGAUUCUGAGAAAUUUACCAGGUGUAAGAAAAGCUGUAGUUGCCUUGGCCACAUCUUUAGGUGAGGUUGAGUAUGACCCAACUGCUAUCAAUAAGGAUGAUAUAGUCACUGCAAUCGAAGAUGCUGGUUUUGAAGCUUCAUUUGUACAGAGUAGUGAACAGGAUAAACUUGUGCUCGGCGUUACUGGGAUUUCUAGUGAAAUGGAUGCGCAGAUGUUAGAAGGAAAUCUUUGCACCUUCAAGGGUGUGAGGCAAUUUCAUUAUGAUCGAACAUCUAAAGAAUUAGCAAUUCAUUUUGAUCCUGAGCUCCUCGGUUCCAGAGCAUUAGUUGACAUGAUCGAAAGUAGCAGCUACGGAAAGCUAAAGUUACAUGUAAAGAACCCUUAUACCAGAAUGACUUCCAAGGAUCUAGAAGAGUCUUCAAAUAUGUUUCGGCUUUUUACGGCGAGCUUAUUUCUGAGUGUUCCGGUCAUUUUUAUGAAAGUCAUCUGUCCUCACAUACCUCUGUUAUAUUCUCUACUACUGCGGCGUUGUGGUCCAUUCCAAAUGGGUGAUUGGCUGAAUUGGGCAUUGGUAACUGUUGUUCAAUUUGUUAUCGGCAAACGUUUCUAUGUUGCAGCUAGCAGAGCACUCAGAAACGGUUCAACAAACAUGGAUGUCCUGGUGGUAUUGGGAACUUCAGCUUCAUAUUUCUAUUCUGUGUGUGCAUUACUAUAUGGUGCGAUGACUGGGUUCUGGUCCCCGACAUAUUUUGAAGCAAGUGCUAUGCUUAUCACGUUUGUACUUCUGGGUAAGUACUUGGAGAGUCUUGCAAAGGGGAAGACCUCGGAUGCUAUCAAGAAGCUCGUGGAGCUUGCUCCUGCUACUGCUAUAUUGAUUAUUAAAGACAAAGGUGGAAAAGUUACUGGAGAAAGAGAAAUUGAUGCUUUGUUGAUUCAGCCUGGUGAUAUAUUGAAAGUAAUCCCAGGGACAAAGGUUCCUGCUGAUGGCAUAGUUGUAAAUGGCUCAAGCUAUGUAGAUGAGAGUAUGGUUACUGGUGAAUCUGCUCCUGCUCUGAAAGAAGUCAAUUCUUCAGUUAUUGGAGGUACAAUAAACUUGCAUGGUUCGCUUCACGUACAAGUCAGCAAAGUAGGCUCUGACACGGUCUUAAGCCAAAUUAUAUCUCUGGUUGAGACUGCGCAGAUGUCUAAAGCUCCCAUUCAGAAGUUUGCCGACUUUAUUGCAAGCAUUUUUGUCCCUGUAGUAGUAACUUUGGGAUUCUUGACAUUGCUGGGAUGGUAUUUUGCCGGGGUUCUUGGAGGCUACCCUAAGGAGUGGCUGCCUGAAAAUGGCAAUUAUUUUGUCUUUUCCCUUAUGUUUGCAAUAUCAGUUGUUGUGAUUGCAUGUCCAUGCGCACUAGGAUUGGCCACCCCAACUGCUGUCAUGGUUGCAACAGGGGUUGGAGCUAACAAUGGUGUGCUUAUAAAAGGAGGAGAUGCAUUGGAGAAGGCACAGAAGGUCAAGUAUGUCAUAUUUGAUAAGACUGGAACAUUAACGCAGGGCAAAGCCACAGUCACCACUGCAAAAGUUUUUUCAGACAUGGAUCGUGGUGAAUUCCUAACAUUAGUUGCUUCAGCAGAGUCUAGUAGUGAACACCCAUUGGCCAAAGCAAUACUUGGAUAUGCCCGCCAUUUCCAUUUCUUUGAUGUGCCUUCUGCUAUAAAGGAUGCUCAAAUCCAAGGGCUGGAAUCUAAGUCCUCCGCGUGGCUUCUUGAUGUGUCGGAUUUUUCUGCUUUGCCUGGAGAAGGAGUACAGUGCUUUAUAGGCGGAAAUAAAAUUUUGGUUGGUAAUCGGAAGUUGAUGACUGAAAACCGUGUUGCUAUUCCGAACCAUGUGGAGAAUUUUGUUGUAGAGUUGGAAGAAAGUGCCAAGACUGGAGUACUUGUGGCCUGCAACAACGAUGUAAUUGGUGUUAUGGGAAUAGCAGAUCCACUAAAGAGAGAAGCUGCAGUUGUUAUUGAAGGCCUAAAAAAAAUGGGUGUCACCCCUGUCAUGGUUACUGGUGAUAAUUGGAGAACAGCCAAGGCUGUUGCAAAGGAGGUUGGGAUUACAGAUGUUAGAGCAGAAGUGAUGCCUUCGGGAAAAGCGGAUGUUAUUCGUUCGUUCCAGAAAGAUGGGAGUGUUGUGGCAAUGAUUGGAGACGGGAUUAACGAUUCACCAGCAUUGGCUGCAGCUGAUGUAGGUAUGGCGAUUGGGGCGGGGACAGACAUUGCUAUAGAAGCAGCGGACUAUGUGCUAAUGAGAAGCAACUUAGAAGAUGUCAUCACAGCUAUUGAUCUGUCGAGGAAGACUUUCUCGAGGAUUCGGUUGAAUUACAUCUUUGCCAGUGCUUACAAUAUUAUUGCAAUACCGGUUGCUGCUGGGGUUUUCUAUCCUUGGCUGAGAAUCAAGUUGCCGCCGUGGGUUGCUGGUGCGUGUAUGGCGUUGUCUUCUAUAACUGUUGUGUGCUCUUCUCUGCUUCUUAGGAGGUAUAGAAAACCCAGGCUUACCACUUUACUGGAAAUCACCGUUGAGUAGGAAUUAGACCGAUGUAAAAUGAAAAAGGAAAAAAAAAAAGAAAAGAAAAAAAUAACAGAGAGAAAAUGUAUGUUAGGGAUCAGUUUGGCUUCUUGGAAAGCCUAAUGGAGGAAUUCAUGAAGGGAUUGCUUGGGGUUUUUUUUAUCGGUCCUUGAUUAAAUUUCAGUAUUUCCUCCUCUAUAGUCUUGGAUUUGGUUAUAUUGUGAACAAGACGUGUGAUAUCUGUUGAAAUGUAAAUUUCAGUUGUUGUUGUACAGUAAUGGAGAAUUUUGUAUUAAUAUUGAAUAUGCUGUGCUGUCGUGAAAUAUAUAUCUGUUUCA